CCCUGGUUCCCGCGCCUCAGAAGAGAUAGCUGCGGGCUGAGGUUCCGGCAGCGUGGGCAAGUACCCGCUGUUGUUUCUACUCUCUUCCUCCGAGCGCCCGGGAGGUUGUCUUGGUUACGAGUCCCAACCGUCUUGGCCCCAAGAUCUCUAGUGGAGGUCCUGCAACCUGAGCUACAGACUGGAGACGCCUUCGGCACCUCGAAGUGUCUGCAGCAGAGGCUGGGUCAGCUUUCGAUGUGGAAUUAUUGAAGCAUUCGAGAAGACUGAAAUAGAGAAGAAAACCAACCCAUAAUAAUAAAAAUGUCUCGAAAAAUUUCAAAGGAGUCAAAAAAAGUGAACAUUUCCAGUUCUCUGGAGUCUGAAGAUAUUAGUUUAGAAACAACAGUUCCUACAGAUGAUAUUUCUUCAUCAGAAGAGCGGGAGGGUAAAGUCAAAAUCACCAGGCAGCUGAUUGAACGGAAGGAACUACUUCAUAAUAUUCAGUUAUUGAAAAUAGAGCUAUCGCAGAAAAAUAUGAUGAUCGACAAUUUGAAAGUGGAUUAUCUUACAAAGAUUGAAGAAUUGGAGGAGAAACUUAAUGAUGCACUACACCAGAAACAGGUACUUACAUUGAGAUUAGACAGCCAAUUGACUUUUCAACAGAAGGAUGCCAGAAAAUAUCAAGAACUAAUGAAACAAGAAAUGGAAACUAUUUUAUUGAGACAGAAGCAACUAGAAGAGACAAAUCUUCAGCUAAGGGAGAAAGCUGGAGACGUUCGCCGAAAUCUGCGUGACUUUGAGCUAACAGAAGAGCAGUAUAUGAAACUAAAAGCUUUUCCUGAAGAGCAGCUGUCCAUUCCAGAAUAUGUAUCUAUUCGGUUCUAUGAACUAGUAAAUCCAUUAAGGAAGGAGAUCUGUGAACUACAAGUGAAGAAGAAUGACCUAUCAGAAGAAUUAAGUACACACAAAGGCCAAUUGAAGCAGCUGACAGAGACAUAUGAGGAAGAACGAAAAAACUACUCUGAGCUUCAAAUCAGAUGUCAGCGUUUGGCCUUAGAAUUAGCGGACACAAAACAGUUAAUUCAGCAAGGUGACUACCGGCAAGAGAACUAUGAUAAAGUCAAGAG